GACUCCGCGCCGGAGAACCGCUGAGCCCGCAGAGCUAACGGGUACUGCCAGCGACGACAGCCGAGCACCCGCCGCGGCCUCUCUCUCCCCCCCACCCCGUCUGACCCCCACCCAAAAAAACAAACAAAUAGCUUGUAAAGCAAAAAACCCGCAGCCAUGGCGGCUGAGGCGGACAAGGUGGAGCCGGCGGACAGCGAGCAGGACGAGGAGGAAGACGUGUACGAGGUGGAGCGGAUCAUCGACAUGCGAGUGGAAGAGGGCGAAGUGCUCUACAGGGUUCGGUGGAAGAACUACUGCUCUGACGAUGACACCUGGGAGCCCGAGGCCCACCUGGAGGACUGCUGCGAGGUCCUCUUGGCUUUCAAGAGGUCCAUGGCGGAGAUCAAGGCCAAGAAGGACGCAGAGGCCAGGAAGAGCUUGAAGACGCCGCCCACCAAGAGCGACGCGGGCGACGCCGACUCGGACAGCGAAGGAGACAAAGAGCGUCCGAUCGAGCCGCCGGUCAAGAAGAAGAAAAAGAAAAAGAGCCGGGAAAUAGAGGAGGAGCCGCCUGCAAAGGAGAAGAAGAAGAAGAAGAAAGACAAACGCAAGGAGGAGUUCAGGCCUCUACCGGCGCCAGACACGGACGAAGAAGAGGAGGAGGAGGAGGAUGGUGAGGAGGAGGAAAAAGCCGCCGUUCCGAACUCUCCCCCCAAGGAGAAAAAGGAUCCCAAAAAGCGUCUGGUUGACUCUGAGGACGAGGACCAUGAGCUGGUUCCCUCCAAAAAACACAAGAGGGAGAAGGGGAAGCAUAGGAAAGAGAAGGAAGAGGAGGGCAGGAAAAGGAAAGGGAAGAAGGAGAGGAAGGUGGAAACCUCGGAGGACGAGGGCGCCGCGGCUCUGGACGACGUCCUGAGCGACGCGCCGUCAGAGUCCCUGGCGGACGACGCGGCGCUUAAGUCGGCCGAAAAAUCCCGCUUGGAGGACUCGAGGUCCAAGCAGAAGAAGGGCAAGUGGGAGGUGAAGCUGCAGGGCAUCAAGGAGCUGAUCCAAGACAAGAAGGGCAAGAAGCCCGACGGCGUGCAGAAGGAGAGCAGCCUGCAGAAGCCGAAGAGCCUCGCCUCCAAGGUCAAGGAGGACGCCGCGCCGCACUCGGACUCCAGCGACGGCUCCGCCGUGCUGAAGAAGAAGAGCAAAGGUCAAGAGGGCAAGGGGCAGGAGGGCGCCGCCGCGCCACCACCGCUGCCCAAAGUCCCGUCCUCCUCCACCUCGUCCACGUCCUCCUCCUCCUCCGUCGCGCCGGGCGGCCUCAGGCUGAAGGAGGAGGAGGCGGCGGCGGCCAAGGAGGAGGCGCUGGGGCCGAAGGACGCGUCGGGCUCCACCAACCUGUUUGAGAUGUUCCUGCUGAACUGCGAGGCCAAGGACCGAGCUCCCCGCCGGGCGCAUCAGGCCCCCCCCGAGAAGAUCGCAGUCAAGCCCACCAAGGCUUUAGGAAAGAUUGAGAAGACCUCCAAGACGACCAAAGAGUCUCCGGCUCAGAGAGCAGAGCCGGAGAAGACUGAGAAGAACAAGCAGUCAGACGUCUCCAGGGCCGGCCAGAGUCACGGCUUCAGCCUGGACAGCGAGGAGAGGGAGGCGGAGGAGCCGGCGGCCAAGGACCCCCGGGAGCGGAGCUGGGAGAGGAAGACCCCGGCGGAGGAGAGGAGGAAGAGGAGGGAGGACAGCGAGCCCAGGCUCCACAUGGCGUGUGACGACAACCCGGACGGCCAGGAGCCACCAGGCGCCGACAAGUCCGACAAGGGCCAGGCCACCUUGAGCCUGGGAAUGGACCUCAACCUGGACUGGAUGACCCUGGACGACUUUCAGAAGCAUCUGAACGGGGAGGACGAGAUCCUGUCGGGUCCGCCGCUGUCGCCCAGCGAGUUGCGUGAUGCCGUGAAGAGCGGAGACUACAUGGCUGUGAAAUUGGCCCUUAAUUCCAAAGAGGACUACAAUCUGGACCAGGAGGCUUGUACUAUUGGUGAGACGAGGUCAAUUGAAGGACAGCGGAGCUUGAUUGAAGAGAGAAGUUCGAGUGGAGGUCUUAGGUUGAGAUCUAACCGUGACAGUGCGAGAAAUGAUGAGGGACAUCCAAGAGUAAAAGAAAAUGUCCUGCAAGAUUUGGAUGGUCCAAAAGAUGGCCAAAAAAUGACGACCUGCCCUGCCAGUAUGUACACUGAGCAAAGGACAGCGAGGGGACGUCAAAAGAUCCAAAAAGGUGGAAGGGAUCUAACUGAAUCCCCGAACAGGGCUUGUGAUUCAGCCACUGAGCAGGGAGCUCGACGAGAGCAGGAAGACGAGAUGUCAGACGACACAAGUCGUGGUUCAUCAAGCAAAAUUAGUUUGAACUUAAGUCGUUCGGUUUGCACCACGAAGGACGCAGGAAGGAUGGUGACCAGGGCCAAUGGCAGACCUCAGCAGAGGGGCGUGGCUAAAAAACAACGGUCCCACCAGGAGGCCAACGACUCGAGUGAGGAGGAGGAUGUGGCGGCCGGUCAGUCAGAUGAUCAGGUUCCGUCUGAGUCGGACUCCGAGGAGAUCCCCAAAACGCGGUUGCGCCGUCGCCGUAAAACCGCGGCGGAGGUUCAACCGACGCGAUCUAGUUCAAGGACCUGCAGGACACCUGGCAAAGAGGACACCGAGAAGAAAGAGUCCUGUAAGAAGCACUUCUGUUUGUAUUGUAAAAUGGCUUUUACUCAAAUUGCCAAGCACUUGGAGAGGAAACACGCCGAGGAAGCCGACGUUGCCCACGCGAUACACUUCCCCAAAGGUUCCAAAGUCCGACAGACUUUGCUUGACCAAAUUCGCCAUAACGGAGAUUACGAACAUAAUUGCCAAGUUCUCAAAAGCGGCGAGGGGGAAAUUGUGACCAAGAAACAGGAUAAGAAUUCCAGUGUAUCCGUUCGGGACUUCCUGCCUUGUCAGCACUGCUUCGCUUUUUACCGCAAAACUGAUCUAUGGAGACACGAGAGGUCGUGCAAAGCCAGGAAAUCUUCCGACAGAACAAAACGAGUCCACAGUGCCGCCUCCCGGCUGCUUCCGAUGUCGGAGUUCUUAACCGGGGGCUGCGAAGAAAUCAUCCACAUCAUGCAUCAAGACGACGUCUCGCGGCACAUCAGAAAUGACCCUCUCAUUUGUAAAUACGGCAAUGCGCUGUCUGCGAAGUACUACCACGACAAGUCUCAGUUUGCGUAUAUCGCACAAAAGAUGAGGGAACUGGGAAGAUUCGUGGUCGCUGUGAAUGAGCUUGACCCGUGCGUUAAGUACCUGCAUGAAAUAUGUCAACCCUCCAGAUUUGAAUUGGCCGUUGAAGGCGCCAAAAAAGCUAGCGGCUUCGACCCCAGUUCCAGUAAGUUUAAAACCGCCUCCCUCGUCUCAAAGAUUGGCUACUCUUUGAAGCGGGCAGCGGAAAUAGCUUUCGGGGAAAGUCGCAUGACCGAGGACGGGGAAACCGAGAGCGAAGUGAAGAAGUUCAUUCAACUUCUUGACACAAAAUGGAACCAGUGUUUUUCUCGCAAAGCUCUUACGUUAUCUCUAAAGCAAGGGGUCAAGAAAGUGGAAGUAGACAAAUCGACUGUGACAGAGGAUUUGAUAAAACUCUACAGGUUUAUUGCGGGGGAAGAAGAGGAGGCCACGAAGGAGUUGAAAGAAAGUCCCAAUUUGUCAACGUGGAAAAAGCUCAGCGAGGCCACUCUGGCAGACGUGUGUCUCUUUAACAGAGGACGGGUUGGGAACAUUGGCAGGAUGCUCUUGAACACUUACGUUAACAAGAAGAGUCGUGGAACGUUUGUGCCCUCUGCCGAUCAAGUGAGGAAAAGCACCAGGUUGGAGCUGGACCUUGGCGGCAGUUUCACCAGGUUGGAACUGGAGGGUCAGUAUGGGAGGAACAUGCUGGUCCUGCUAACGGAAAGGAUGGUUGGGUCGAUCGACUUGCUCAUUGAAAACCGAGAACAAGCGGGUGUGUCGAAAUCCAACCUCUACCUGUUCGCCCGGACCGAAGGUCCGUCCUUCAUCAGAGGGCUGGACUGCUUCCGACGCUGCGCAAUGGAAUGUGGAGUGAAGAACCCAGAAGCACUUCUGUCCUCGUCGUUGAGAGAGCAGAUCGCCAGCUGCUGGCAGCUAAUGAGCCUCAGCGAAGUGGAAGUGGAUCAAGUGGCCAAGGUGUUGGGAAGAAGCAGUCAGGAGUUUUUCAGGCUCUCAAAGAAUGCGUCGGAGCUGGAGGAAGUGAGCAAACAACUUCUCAAGUUGGACCGAACGCUGCCAUCAAGUCCGUCGAGCGCUGCAGUAGAUGGAACUGUUCAGAAGCCUGCUUUGAAGAGAAGACCCUGGAAUGAGAGGGAGCAGACUGCAGUGAAGCGUUACUUGAGUGAAUUUAUCACAGGGAUGAAGGUUCCAGGCAAAAAGGAGUGCAACGCUUGCAUAGCCGCUGAGCCAGAUCUUGGAGGAAGGUCGUGGACAGACGUCAAAAACUACGUACACAACACACUACAAACUAUGCGGAGGAGAAAUAACCAGCAUAAUUCUGAGGAGAAUGUUAACGAGAGUCCAAAGAGUCCGAUGGCAGGGGUCCAAACCAUGGAGAAAGAUUUCGAAGACUCAUCUGUUGUCUGUAGUUUGACGACUGUGAAUCCAGAUCACCUGAGAGAAAGCGGUUGCAUGACAAUGGCUCCAACCAACUACGUCCAAGAGAUGACUUCAACUUAUGCAACCUUGUGUUCCACUAGUGUGGACAUGAUCCACGGGAGUCCGCCUCUGAUUUCAACUUUUACGCCGUUAAAUGCUACCGACACUCAAGUGGUCCCAACGUUUACACCACACAACACUACGAGUGCACUGAUGCCUCCCCAGUACACAUCGGACAACAGCCUAAUGCUGCCGCUGUCUUCUUACUCGCACAACGCCGCCAGUAUGGCGCCGUCUUCUGGGUACGCCCCGCAGGACGCCAUGGGUGCGCCGUUGAUUCCUAAUUUUACCACCUUCACCGCCCCGAGCACCUCCAUGGUCCCCACCUUCACCACGUUGAAUGCGAGCUCUCCGAUGCCCGCCCACGCCUUCUCGCCGCUCAACGACCGGAGCAGGCACAUAGUUUCCCCGUUCACCGCCCUGAACCAUUCGAGUCCGGCGGUUUACCCGGCGGGCCCGCCCCCAACGACCGCACAGGUGGUCCCCACGACCCACGGGCCCGGCGCUGCCGAUGGGACGCCUGUCGCGCGGGAGAGCCCGGCCACUGCCGCGCGGAAGAAGGGCGGCCCGGCCGUCAAGCCUCAGAAGAGGAACAAGCGGCUGUGGAGCAAGGAGGAGCAGGCCGCCGUGAGGCGGCAGCUGGGAGACUUCUGCAAACUGGUCAAAGUGCCGGGCAAAAGGGACUGCGACGCCUGCCUGGCAGCCGAGCCGGUCCUGAACAGCCGGACGUGGAGGGAGGUCAAAUACUUUGUGCAUAACACGAUUCAGUCGAUGAAAAGGAGAGGGCACGCUGUGGCCUCCAAACAGAGUGAAGAACCAGAACCAGGGAUCCUCAGUAACCCCGUCACCGAGUGGGACGGUCCGGUUUAUCUGUCCCUGUAAAUAUCUGUAAUGGACGUCCAAAGAAAGGUGAUGGGUGAGAUGUUGGAGAGGAAUGCCAUGGCUUUGAUCUCACGCCAUACGGGGUUUACCAACUGCCCUCCCAGUCUUUUAUUCACACGGAAAAAGCUUCCUGAUGUACUGAGAGUGGGGUCCACCCCACCGGGGUGCUGCUGCUUGAAUAAACACUAAAGCGGGUGGGGGACCUUUGUACUGUCCCUUCGGCUCAGAAAAAAGGCUGAUAUUAAUGUUUUUUUACAUGUUUAGAUUGCAUAUUAGUGUAUGUCACGCACUCUGGUAUGUAACCUCUAGAAAGUGCUCUAAUUUAAUCAAUAUGAACCCCCCCCCAGCCCACCUCGGCAGUCAUUGCUGUGUGCAAUCAAACUCGCUUUUGCAAUAUCUGUGAAAUUAGUGAAAGCAAAUAAAUAGAAGAUUUUGGGGCACCUGGGACGUUUUCCCACAAUGCACUGAGCAAAGGUAGCCGCAGAGGAGGUGAGGGGGGGGUUUCCCACCUCUACUUCCACCUUUGUGCUUGUGCUGUUUUUAGGUCGUGUUUUAAUGAACUUUGAUGAUCAAAAGAAGUCGCCUGCGGUUCUUUGCGUCCGUUGAUCCCCGAGUGAUCCGCACUCUUUGCUUUAGCCAGUAGCCUUUAUUGUAGAAGGUCCCCGAGGGCCCGAUGGCAGUACCGGCACACCUUCCUAUCUGACCUUUGAUGACGAGGAGCUCACUUCAAUAUGGAAAACAUUUCUUCAGAGAAUCCUCUUAAUAAAUGUUCGUUACCUUUACUUAUGUAUAUAAUAUUAUUAUUAUUAUUAUUAUUAUUUUGUCUUGAGUGUUAACAAGCUGCCAAAAGGUUUGGUUGUAUUUUCCACUAUACAGUAACUGGGUAGAACGUUUUAGUACUUAAUCAUUUUUAAUAUACUCCAAACACAUUCAGCCCAUUUGUAUGUUUUCAACUUCUACUAUCUGGAUGGUUUUGACAUUAAUAUCCAUUUUUUGCCAGGAUACAAUUGCCUUAUCAUGUUUAUUUGCUUGAUAAUUUAUUGUUCCCUUAUCUUGUUAAUCACAUUUAACAAAAUAAUAACUGUAGUUUUUGUUUCAACGAAGAAAAGUUUUGUUACAAAAGUUAACCAGUGAUCUGAUUCAAAAAUGAAAAAUAAUUUUUACAUUUUUAAAAUCUACAUUGCUUUGGGCUGAAUCGUUUUUCAAAAUUUCCAAUCGUAGGAUUUUUACCAAUAAAUGCUCGUAUUUCCUUCCACCUAAUCGCAGCAUUAUGGAUUAUCAAGGCUCUCGUGCAGUGGAAAUCAUAACCGAUUCUCGUUAACUUGCUGACGCUUGGGAAAAAUGUCAAGCGGGACGAGCUCACGUAAUUAGGAGAGAAUCCGGUCAAUUUUCAAAAAAAAACUUUAUUUCAGAGAAGAAAAAAAAAUCAAAUGAGGCCCGGUACCAAAUGCCCCACGUAGCGGUCCGCGGCCCGGUGGUUGGGAACCUCUGCACUAGGUGACGACCUGCACUCCGGCAGAACCAACCGCUUGUUCUGCAUUCGCUUCAAUAACCGUCUGCGUCCCCCAUCUGGGCCUAUUUGUACGCCGAUGGUGGGAACUACCCCCCCUCCAAAAUCUCACUGCAGUUUGGUUAUUAAAACAAGAGAGAUUUGCACAUUUAAUUGCCGUUGGACUUUUGUGUUUGUUUUUCUGUCACACGCAAACGGCGUUGACGGUUUUUCUUUUAACUGGAUGUGGAAAGCUUGAGCAAACUGCUGAGACGUCACAUUUAAGUGGAAGUCUGUGUUUUUAAUGUCCCGAUAGCACUUGUGACGUUGGCGAGGUGUCAGUUGUCCUCCGCUCAGUAACCAGGGUUCACCUCUCGUACAGAAGCCCUUCCAGAUGUUUGGGUUUCCUUGUGAAUGGAGUCCGUCUGUUUUCCAGUGUUCAGAUGUGUUAUUAAUUCACCGGAAGGUUGAUUCUUGUUCAAACACUAACCCCCCCCCCCCAACCCGUAGAGUAGAUGAGUGUCUCUCAUUGCUGUAGUGUAUAAGCACACAGUGCGUGUUCACCCUGUUUGUAAUUAUGUCAACUUCUCAUUGAAUAUUGUACGGCUCUUAUAACUUCGGCUUGUACAAUAAAAUGCUUCUUGGCUAAAAGAU